AUGGGACAGAUCCAAUACUCCGAGAAGUACUUCGAUGAUACUUUCGAGUACAGGCAUGUAGUUCUUCCUCCCGAAGUGGCAAAGUUGCUUCCAAAAAAUCGGCUACUCUCCGAAAAUGAAUGGAGAGCAAUUGGGGUUCAGCAGAGUCGUGGUUGGGUACACUAUGCAAUCCACCGACCAGAGCCACACAUCAUGCUUUUCAGGAGGCCACUUAACUAUCAGCAGCAGCAGGAGAGCCAGGCUCAGCAGAUUGCGAUUGCUAAUCGCCGGCAAAUCAAAAUCGACCGCACCAAACUCGUAUCCGAUCAUAAAUCAUUCUGUACUUCAGUCUUGAUGUCCCGGAAACGAAAUGCUAUUGUUGCUUCAGGACUAUUGAUCUUUGCUGGUGCUGGAUUAGCAUUUCCAUUUUACAUGGCAUCUAGGUCGUCGAAGACAAAACCUGUUAUUGAUUCUUCAAAGGCUUUACCACCUCAGGCAACAUUUCGGGGACCUUAUAUCAAUACAGGCUCGCGAGAUAUUGGACCAGAUGAUAGAACUUACCCAAAGAAAUGA